CAAACAAAUGCGGUAUCACUAUCACAAGUGAUAACGUCAUGACGAUUGUAAUGUUUUCUCAAAGGAGCUUCGUUAUUUCGUACGGAGAACAAAAUAGAUAACUGACACGCCUCGUAAGAUACAGAACGCUUUUAUCGUUAGCACAUAUUAAUAUAUAAUUUUAUUAAUAAAGUUCGCGACGUUUUGUUUUAAGUUAUUAUGUUACACAAAUCAGCGGCUCUUCGGUCGAAGAGCCUUUAUUUGAAACAUGUAGUGUAUUAUUCCUCAGCUAAGGCUAGUCGCAUUAUUGCAAUACGUCGAGAAGAUCAGUCAGUAUGGGAGAGGAGAGCACCUUUCUCGCCAACCAAUGUCAACCGACUGGUUCGACAGGGCGUCAAAGUUAUUGUGCAACCUUCAAACCGAAGAGCAUAUCCAAUGCAGUCUUACAUAAAUGCAGGAGCGAUUGUCCAAGAAGACAUAAGCGAGGCCAGCGUUAUUCUGGGAGUGAAGCAGACACCGAUAGACCUUCUGAUCCCCAACAAGACUUACUGCUUCUUCUCACACACCAUAAAAGCCCAAGAAGCAAAUAUGCCAAUGUUAGACGCCAUUUUGAAAAAGAACAUUCGACUUAUCGACUAUGAGAAGCUAAUGGAUGACUCUGGUAACCGCGUGGUUGCUUUCGGUAAGUACGCAGGCGUUGCCGGCAUGGUUAACAUUCUACAUGGAAUUGGCCUCCGCCUUCUGGCUCUUGGACAUCAUACUCCGUUCAUGCACAUUGGACCUUCACACAACUACAGGAACUCCAGCAUGGCCCGGCAAGCCAUAAGGGACGCGGGAUACGAGGUCGCACUCGGUAUGAUGCCCAAAUCUUUAGGCCCCAUCACAUUUGUUUUCACCGGGUCUGGAAACGUAUCUCAGGGAAGUCAAGAAAUAUUCCAGGAGUUACCACACGAAUAUGUUCCUCCAGAGAUGUUAAGAAAAGUGGCUGAACAUGGCAGUCCAAACAAAAUUUAUGGCUGCGAAGUACGCCGAAGACAUCACUUAGAGAGGAAAAAUGGAGGUGGUUAUGACGCCCAGGAGUAUGAUGAGCACCCUGAAAGAUAUAUUUCCACGUUUGCGCAAAAGAUAGCACCAUACACGUCCGUUCUGGUGAACUGCAUCUAUUGGGCGGUGGGCAGCCCCAAGCUGCUGACGAUCCCAGACGCGAAGCACUUGCUGCUGCCGUCACACACGCCAUGGCUGCCCAAGAGUGUUGGAGCUCCUGCACUGCCACACAGAAUGUUGGCGAUCUGCGACAUAUCAGCUGACCCCGGCGGCUCUAUCGAGUUUAUGAACGAGUGCACCACUAUUGACACGCCUUUCUGUCUUUAUGACGCCGACAGGAAUAAGGAUACCAAAAGUUUCAAGGGGCCUGGCGUUCUAGUAUGUUCUAUAGACAAUAUGCCAACACAAUUACCUCGUGAGUCAACGGACUUCUUUGGUGACCUAUUGUACCCAUACGCGGAAGAUAUUAUGAAAUCGGACGCUACUAAGCCAUUGGAAGAACAUAACUUUUCACCAGUUGUUCAAGGAGCUAUAAUAACAAGCAACGGCAAAUUGACGCCGCCUUUCGAAUAUAUCAACGAACUCAGAAUGGCGAACACUCGUUCCCGCCACAAGGUUGAGGGUAAUGACCAACAGUCCCCUGUCCUCAUUUUGGGAAGUGGUCUAGUGUCUGCCCCGGUUGUGGAAUAUUUGUCUCGUGACAAGAAUAUUGCCAUCACUGUAGCAUCAGCGGUCAAAGAAGAAGCAGAUGCCCUAGCUGAUCGCUAUGGAGUGUCAUCUGAGUACCUCGACGCUAAGAACGAGACCGCUCUUCGGGCUCUGACGUCACGAGCUCGAGUGGUCGUGUCUCUCUUGCCGUACGACCUUCACGGUGACGUAGCGAGGGCUUGCCUUGACAGUGGAGCUCAUAUGGUCACCGCUUCUUAUGUUAGGCCUGAGGUGCAGGAGCUGCAUAAAGCUGCAAAGGAUGCCGGUCUUACUUUCCUGAAUGAGGUUGGAUUGGACCCCGGCAUCGAUCACCUGCUUGCGCUAGAAUGCAUUCACGAUAUUCAGAACCAUGGAGGAAGGAUUGAUUCAUUCGUUUCUUAUUGCGGAGGAUUGCCAGCACCUGAAUUUAGCGACAACGCUCUUAGAUAUAAAUUCUCAUGGAAUCCUCGAGGCGUAUUGCUGAAUACCAUAUCUGCGGCCAAGUAUCUCAGUAAAGGACAGAUCGUAGAAGUAUUAAGCGGAGGUGAACUGAUGUCCGUGGCUCGAGAACUAAACUUCUUGCCUGGAUUUGCAUUCGAAGGCUUCCCCAACAGAGACAGCACUAAGUACUCUGCACUCUACGGUAUUGAAGACGCCCAUACUAUGUUCAGAGGAACUAUUAGAUAUAAAGGUUUCGCUGAAAACAUGAUUGCUAUGCAAUUGUUUGGAUUGGUUGAUCCUAAACCUCACCCAUCUCUGCACCCUGACGGACCUAAGAUCACAUGGCGUCAAUUCGCCUGUGAAUUACUCGGCCUGAUGGACUCAUCUAUCUUCUACGAGAACUUGAGGACACGGCUGUCGGAGCGCAUCGGGGCUUCGGAGGCACAAUCUCUGGAGUCGCUGGGACUGCUCAGCGAAGACGAAAUAGUCAAGUGCGGAACACCGCUAGACACUGUCAGUCAUUACCUGAGCAAGCGUUUACAAUUAGGCAAAGAUGAAACAGACUUAGUAGUCUUACGGCACGAACUGGGAGUAACAUGGACUGACGGCAAGAGGGAAAGGCGAGAAGUUACGAUGACGGUGCGAGGAGAUCCGACCAAGCAUACCGCCAUGGCUUGGACUGUGGGACUGCCGACUGGUAUCGCUGCGAAAAUGGUUUUGGAUGGUGAACUUCAAGAACGCGGUGUAGUGUUACCCUUCGCCCCCGUCGUCUACAAGUCCUUGCUGUCGCGACUGCGGUCUGACGGGAUCACAGCCAAGGAGACCACGACCCCACUCAACUGAACCUCAAUACCAUAAAUUAAGAAAAAUAAAUGUAAAGUCCUAAUUUUAUUUUGAUUAAUUUGUGUCGCGCAUGUUUCUGUGUGAAUGACCAUGUCAAUGAAUGUUUUGUAAAUAUGUUUGAUAUGUUCUAAGAUAAUAUAUUCUCCGUAGUUAAUAGGUUUGUUUAUGAAGACGCUGAGAUAACUUUAUGUGAAAUGUGAAUGUGACUGCGUUGUGAAUUACUUGUACAACUUUAAUUAUAAAAUAAAAAUAUAAAAUCACACGUU